UCCCGCUGGCUUGGGACGCUGGACUCGGGCCUUGGCAAUCGCCCAAGAGAGGCCCUGAGCUGCCAGCUUUUAAGGUCGAUGCUUGCCUUAUUCACAACUUUGGAAGACAGCAAAGCAACAUCGUUUAGUUUUGUUUUGAAGGGAAAGAGAUAUGAUGAACCAUCAUCAGAUCUGGUGGCCAACAGAGGAUAGACUCCGGACGUCACCAUGAUGGCUUCCACGCCCAUCGGCCAACCGCCUUCGGGCCACCACCCCGCCCCAAGGAAGUCCAGCCAGGAGCUAGCGGGUUCAUCUUAUUUUGACGGACCCUCUGUCCAUACACAACCCAUACAGCAUUAUGGCUGUCUGCCGGUCGGCGGCUUACCCAGCCCAGCACCGUCCUGUCGGGCAGCGUCACCUCCAGACGGGCCAAACCACGAUGCUAUGCUUAUCAACUGCUCGUGGGUGCCGAUCAGCCCCGUGAGUCCAGCCCCGUGCGAGGGCGUGGAUGGAGAGUUGAAUUACGCACUGGAGAUCGCUCCAUGCGCCUCUACUCUCGUGGCCUCGCACAGCGGUAUCCCCGGACUCUAUAGCUGGGGCGAAGUCAACUUGCCAUAUGAGUUCGAGCACGCCUGCUGAGAUUCCCCCAAGGCGGACUUUGCAGCAGAUACCUUCCCUGGAACCUUCGCCAUCCCGGUACCAUGGACCGGACACAUUCAGCCCACGGACUUCCCAGACGAAGUGUUGCUACUUGCAAAGCUCGGACACCUUGUGCCUACAAUACCGGCCGAGGAGGACCUGAACCAAGCCGCCGGAUUCAAUCAGCCAAGCCCACCAUCCUC